AAGGAAGGAAGGAAAGAAAUGAAGAAAGGGAAGGGGGAGGGGGAGGAAAAGGAAAGAAGGAAGAGAAAGAAAGAAAGAAAAUAAAGGCAUUCUUUAGCAUCAAGGAAACGGGAAUCACCCCUCUGUGUGAAAUGGACCAGCCUGGGCACCGUUCGAAGAGGCCAGCAUUGGGAGGAACUACUUUGCAGAGAGGGGUGUUCCAUAACACAGAAGCCAACAGUCUAGCGGUCCCACUGCUGAAGCAGCCCAGCCUGCAGGCCAAGUUCCUCUCCGAGGUGUGGCUCUUGGCAGGCGGCGAGAAGUAGCCCGGCUGAAACUGGAAGGGAAGCUGGUCGGUUUCCAAACGGGUUUCUCCGGGAAGAGGAAGGUGCCCUGAAGCUCCAGCACCGAACAGAAUGCUGUCCCGCAGUGUAUUUUCACUAAGCAAGGCCUGUCCUCUCCUGGCUAGGAAUCUGACAUCAUCCACCAGUGGCUUUCAGACUACAAUGGAGGAAGGACAGUUACCAAUUCAUGUGAAUAAUGUGCGAAAUAAAUUGAGAGAGAUAGUAGGAGCAUCUACUAACUGGAGAGACCACGUACAAGCAAUGAAUGAACGAAAAGCUUUAAAUACACUCCUUGCUAAAAGCCAGGCUGAGUUGCCGCCAAGGAAGAUGAGUGACAGCUAUAUAGAAGUUAUCCUACCUUUGGGAAGCCAGCCUGAAAUAAGAGAGAAAUACCUUAAUGUGCACAAUACAGUCAGGUUUGGCCGAAUUCUUGAAGAUCUCGAUAGCUUAGGAGUUCUUAUUUGUUAUACCCACACAAAACAUGACGUUGCUCAAAGAUCCCCUCUGUCUAUUGUUACAGCAUUGGUGGAUAAAAUUGGUUUAUGGGAGCAACACAUUCAUCCAGAUCGUGAUAUCAAAUUCAUUGGAAAUGUUUCAUGGGUAGGGAGGACCUCAAUGGAAGUGAAAAUGCACAUGCUUCAGUUAAAUGAUGGUAUCUAUGGCCCUGUGUUAGAUGCAACAUUUGUCAUGGUGGCUCGUGAUCCAGAAAACAAAAGGCCAGCAUUUGUGAACCCAUUGAUUCUUGAGACUCCAGAAGAGGAAAAAAUCUUCAGUGAAGGAGAAUUGAACAAGACAAGAAGAGUUGAUUCUAGUAGAGCUUCCUUGCUAAAAAUGGCUCCUACUGCCGAAGAAAGAAAUAUUAUUCACCACUUGUUUCUUAAUACACUGGACACAAGGACUGUGAGUUUCCGGAGCCGUGUGUUGCCACCCAACUCUACUUGGAUGCAAGACACAUCAUUAAAGAGUUUGGAGAUCUGCCAUCCCGAGAAACGCAACAUUUUCAACAGAAUUUUUGGAGGAUUUCUCAUGAGGAAGGCAUAUGAAUUGGGAUGGGCUUGUGCCUACAACUUUGCAAACUCCAGACCUUACGUUGUAGCUGUAGAUGAUAUUAUGUUUCAAAAGCCAGUUGAGGUUGGAUCCUUAUUGCUGCUUUCUUCCCAGGUAUGCUAUACCGAAAAUAAUUACACUCAAGUUCGGGUGCAUAGUGAAGUUUACGAUCCGGAUUCCAGAGUGCAUCAUACAACCAAUGUCUUUCAUUUCACAUUUAUGUUAGAAAUGGAUAUACCAGAUAUUGUCCCCAAGACAUAUGGUGAAUCCAUGUUGUAUUUGGAUGGGAAACGGCAUUUUGAGUCAGCUAUGAAAGAAAACAAGGCAUAGUUAUCAACACAAUAGAGUACAGCAAAUUUAUCAUUUUCAGGAUUGUCUUGGAAGUUUCAAGAGCUUACUUAUCAGAAGAACAUGGGGCAGAAUAUCUGAAAACAUGCAUCAUGAAUGCAAAAAUACUACAAAGCAUUUCAUUUUCUACAUUGAUAUUCUGUUUUAUUGCUAUUUAUAUAAAUAAGUUUAUGCUGAUUUUGAUCAUUUUUUAUGCAAGGAGGGAGGGUUUGUAUCAUGUCUAUCAAAGUUGCCAAAAAAGUGAACAAAGUUUUGAUGAGGGGAAAUAGGGAGUAAUAUGGAAUCCUGCUUUAAAGUUUUUUUUUCUUUUUGACCCAUUAGUACUGAUUCAUAUACACUUACAUUCUUUAACACGAUUGGAUUAUUAAACUGGCUUAUAUUUAGCUACAUCAGCUGUAAACAUGAUGUCACUUGCAUUAUGGAAAAGGCACUUCAUGUUUCAAAAGCCAAUUGAGGUUGGAAUCCUUAUUGCUGUUCUUCUCAGAUAACAAAUUUAUUUUAUUAAACAAUUUUGAGACAGCACAUUUAUAUAAAUAAUUGAGCUUACUUCGAUAUGGAGAAGUGCCUCAUCAGACCUUAAUUUGGCCAGCGUGGCCCAAAUAUCACUCAUGAAGUAAUAAUUCUGAGUGGAAAACAUAAAAUUCUUAAGAGUCAAGGCUUGACAAAUUAGUCGGUAUGUAUUUGUAGAAAUCACCCCUCCUAUAAUUGUUUUUAUAACUAUUAAAUGGCUUUACAAUAUGGCCUUAUUUAAGCUGCUGACCGCCCUUCAGAACAAAUCAUGAACCAUGGAGAGUUGGAAAAUAAUAACGGAUGAGUAUUGAUUGUAUUCCAUUCAAGAGACAGUUUUCCAAAAAAUCUAUCGUUGGUCACAACUGCCAUAGGAUGCUGCUUUGAACUUGGUUAAAUUUUAUCAAGGGUUCACCAUGAAUCCAGCCUAGGAUCCAUUCUCACAGAUGCUGAAAUGUUUUCAUAAAUAGGUAUUCUUUAAUAUAUAUAUUUUAAAAAAUUUGUCUAACUGAAGUUAUAUAUUGAUUUUUAAAAUGACACCAGGUACAGAAAUAUAUGCUAAGUUUAUUGAUGUCCUGUUUCUUACUAUUGUGUUCAUAGGAUUGAUGUGCUCAAGAAGGCAGUUUUCAGGUCCAAUUAACCUUUGGCAGUGUCCUGAGGUUCCCUGAAAACAUGGCAGGUUUUUUAAAUUAUUAAAGAUAGACAAGGAAUAUUGAAAGCUCAUCCGGCCAGUUUUGAUCUUCAAUGCAGCGUGAAGUUGCAAAGUACUGAUUGUAUUCUAAACUAAGUUCACAAAUCAGCCAUUAAAUGCAAUAGAGAAUAAGCAUGUCAGAUCUAAAACACAUGCAUUUUGCAGCGUAUAAGGUUCCUAAUUAAAUCACAGGUAUCUCUAGUUUUGUGCAUCUUAGAUGUUGGGUAAAGAUAUUUCUACAAAUUGUCAAUUCCCAGGAAAUUGCCUGGUAGACAAACAGAAAUUAGUGCUUGGGAUUAGGAAAAAAAUACCAAUGGUUUAACCUAUGAUAGCAUAAUAUAUUCUGGUGCAGGAAUGCAAUCCUCUUUCUUUUCAUACAGCGGGAAAAUAUUUCUGGUGAAGGACAAGAGUGUAAACAAACCUGUUAUUAUUUUCAGUAAUGUCUGUUAACUGCUUCCUAUAUUUUUCCGACAUCUAAUCUGCUUUAACUGCAUGUGAUGUUCGUUCUAUUGAGAAAAUGUUUAGAUGUUCAAGCCACUUUAGGCAGGAUGUUAAAUUUAAACUAAUACAGUAAGGUGAAAACACUAGGUCUUCACUGUUUUUCAGACUCUGCACAAGACAAAUGGAGUGCCUUUUUAACAGGUGGCCUUUUAAUGCUGAGCUUACCAUGAGAGUUCUCCCAAAUGAAGCAAAAGUAAAGUUUUGGUUUAUUGAAGAUGAAUUACAUUUAUUAAUUGUACUUCAUCUCAUCUCAUCUUUAAUUACUUAUUAAUCGCCCUCCAUCCGAGAUAUACUUCAGAUACCUUGAUUCUGUGGUCGAAUUAUUUACCACAAGGAUGCUUUUACCAGUGUUCUGCUGCUGGACAUUGUUGGGUCAUAUUCUCGAGCAACACUUUCUUCUGUAAUUAGACACAAUCAGUACCCAGACAGACUGUAUCAGCUACUACUGAAUAUUCUAUUCCUAUUUGAGACAGAACAUUUGGUUUUCUGCAGAAGUUCCUUUUCGGCAAGACAAAAGAAAAUGCCCAUUACUGUUUUUCUGGAGAUAAGGCCUCUCAGUCAUAUCCACCCUGACUUGUUCCUGUGUUUUUUGAAUUCUAAGAUAUGCUCCCUGCCCCCUCUAUAUAAACAUCUCUAAAAAUGGCUGCAUCUUUGAAUCAUGGUGCCUUUUUCUAUAUAAAUAAAGCAUUUUUCUUGAAA